AAUAGAACAUCCACAAUGUUCGACUUGGUAGUAAGUUGAUAAUUUUCAUCUCUUCUAAGCAGAGAAUAAGAACUAAAGAUGGCAGAGACCCUUCAAUUAGCUGUUGCUGUUAUUGGCAAUGCUGCCUCAAUAUCCCUUUAUGCUGCGCCAAUGGUUACCUUUAAGAGGGUUCUAAGGAAGAAAAGCACCGAGGAAUUUUCAUGCAUUCCUUACAUCAUAGGACUAUUAAACUGUCUUCUUUUCACGUGGUACGGAUUGCCUGUUGUAAGUUACCAGUGGGAAAAUUUCCCUUUGGUCACAGUUAAUGGAGUUGGAGUUGUUCUUGAGUUAGCUUAUGUUCUCAUUUACUUCUGGUAUGCUUCAGCCAAAGGAAAGGUGAAGGUAGCCAUGACAACAAUACCAGUUCUGCUUGUGUUCUGCAUAACUGUUGCAGUCUCAGCUUUUGCUUUCCAUGAUAAUCGUCACCGAAAGCUACUCGUGGGUUGCUUCGGCUUAGGUGUUUCGGUAGCAAUGUAUGGUUCACCUCUUAUUGUAAUGAAGAAAGUUAUACAAACCAAGAGUGUGGAAUUCAUGCCACUACCAUUAUCUGUGUGCACAUUCUUUGCUAGUGUGCUUUGGCUAACUUAUGGACUCUUGAUUCGUGAUAUAUUCGUUGCGGGGCCAAGUGUUGUUGGAAUUCCCUUAAGCAUCCUCCAGCUCGUUCUCCACUGCAAAUACCGAAAAGGGAGUGUUGUGGAAGAACCAAACAAGGGGAGCUUGGAAAUGGGGGACAUAGAAAAGAAUGUCACAAAUCAUAACAAUGGCAUCUCGUAAAAUUGAAGACUUCAGAAAGUUCUACUAGGAUUUCCUGUUUUAUGUUUGUUUCCUGUACGUAUAGUAAAAAAAUUAUCUCCUUUGGCAUGGAUGAA